AUGAGCGCGCCCGGCUUCUGUCCCAUUACUGUCAAGAGAGUUUUAUUAUUAACCAGACCAAAGUCCCCGGGGAAGUGUGAAGUCUCAUACCAGGUGAAGCAGGGGACGUGUGAGGUGGUGGCCCUCCAUCGCUGCUGUAAUAAGAAUAAGAUUGAGGAGCGCUCUCAAACCGUCAAGUGUUCGUGUUUCCCCGGACAGGUCGCCGGCACCACCAGAGCCAGACCCUCCUGUGUGGAAGCCUCCAUUGUGGCCCAGAAGUGGUGGUGCCAGAUGCACCCCUGUAUGGACGGAGAGGAGUGUAAAGUCCUGCCUGACCUGACCGGCUGGUCCUGCAGCACCGGCAACAAAGUCAAAACCACCAAGCCGAUCAGCUACGAGAAAAAAAAGGAGCCGAUGGCGGACUACGUCGGUGGACAAUAAUUGUGCAUUUGCAAGGUCACACGAUAGCAAGAGAGCCGCAGAGCCACGAGGAAACCUGAAACUCUCCAUGUGGAAAGGAUGGAUGACUCACACACAUUUACUGUACGAUGGGGAACAUAUCAAGGAAAGGACAACCGUCAGACCAUCCAUCACAUAACAAUGGGAUAAAAAUGUACUCAUCACAAACAAUGUACACAUGGAGCUACACACAGCAGUACGCUGCUUGUCGAGACCAAUGGACUACAAUCAUGGAGACCCAGGGUAAAUCUGGACACAAAUGGACUCUUAUUUUCCAGUAAUGGACAAAAUGUGGACUGAUAAAAAAAAGGGCGAUAAAGCAUUUCAAAGUAUAUAUUUCAACAAAGCAUUUAUGGGUGAGUGAGACAUGAGAAGUGAAAGCUGUGCUCUGAGUGCUGUUGGAUACGCUCCAGAUGUGUUGCUAAUGUAUUUUAGACAGUGGAGAUGAUUUGGGAGAAAUUAGAGAGAUAGGAGCUCAUAACUAGCAAAUAGCAAAUUAGCAUCAAAUUGCUCUUGUGGGUCAAGUGACUACCAUAAAGACUGUUUUGCGGGAGUCAUUUUGCAGUUCUAAUUAGGAAUUGCAGUGUAGGAUCAUAACAACAUAUUAAAAAUUCAUGUAAGAUAUUUGCACUAGUUGAAAACCAUUUGGGAAUGUUUUUUCUUUUUCUAGAUAUCUCCCAUCUUUUGCUGUGGAUGUCACAUGAAAUUGAAGGUGAGCAUUUUGUAAAAUGUCCGACAGUUGAAGUAGAUAAAUAUAAAGUAUAUAUCUUGCCCCAUUAUUCCUGAGUAGUUAUUGGUUAAAAAUGGCUGCGACUAUGGAGCCUCAUUUACAUGCAGCUUGGUACAAUAUGAACUAGGAAAGCGUGAUUCAUCCGUCUCACUUUUGCCCAGAAGCAUUUCCAAGCUCCGCCUUCAAAGUUAUAUAUCUUUGAUCUAUUAUAUUCAGUCUGUGACAUCUCUUAUGUUAACUGUUAAAAAGGAGGCCCAUA